CAGGUAAACCCGAUGUUGAAGUUGCUCCAAGCCGCCUAGCCGCCAACAGAAACGGCGGCAAGGCUGCGCAGCGUUAGUUUGUAGCGGUGGCGCGAAACCUGGAGCCACGCGAGGGUCCACCAGUGUUGCGGAGGGCGCGGUGGCAGGAUGGAGGACGCCGGCAGCAACAAGCAGCGGCAGGCCACGAGGGUCUUCAAGAAGAGCUCCCCGAAUGGCAAGAUAACAGUAUACUUAGGAAAGAGAGACUUCGUAGACCACAUCUCACAUGUAGACCCGAUUGACGGCGUGGUGCUAAUCGAUCCAGAAUAUGUUAAGGACAGAAAGGUGUUCGGACAUGUGCUGGCAGCUUUCAGGUACGGCCGGGAGGACCUGGACGUGCUCGGCCUCACCUUCAGGAAGGAUCUGUACCUUGCAGCGGAACAGAUAUACCCAGCAACGACGACCCUGAAACGACCGCUGACGCGGCUGCAAGAGCGGCUGGUCCGCAAGCUCGGGCCGGCCGCGCACCCCUUCUACUUCGAGCUGCCCCCUCACUGUCCGGCCUCGGUGACGCUGCAACCAGCGCCCGGAGACACUGGGAAGCCGUGCGGGGUGGACUAUGAGCUGAAGGCGUUCGUGGCUGACUCGCAGGAUGACAAGCCGCAUAAAAGGAAUUCCGUUCGUCUAGCCAUAAGGAAGAUAAUGUACGCGCCGAGCAAGCAGGGCGAGCAGCCGUCGGUCGAAGUCUCUAAAGAAUUCAUGAUGAGCCCGAACAAAUUAUACUUAGAAGCGUCACUCGACAAGGAGCUGUACCACCACGGCGAGAACAUAGCCGUGAACGUGCACAUAGCGAACAACUCGAACCGGUCGGUGAAGAGGAUCAAAGUAUCCGUGCGGCAGUUCGCGGACAUCUGUCUGUUCUCCACCGCGCAGUACAAGUGCACCGUCGCCGAGGCGGAGAGCGAGGAGGGCUGCCCCGUGGGCCCGGGCUUCACGCUGAGCAAGGUGUUCACGCUGACACCUCUGCUGGCCAACAACAAGGACAAGUGGGGGCUCGCGCUGGACGGACAGCUCAAGCACGAGGACACCAACCUGGCCUCCAGCACACUAAUCGCAGAUCCGGCGCAAAGAGAGAACCUGGGAAUUAUAGUACAAUACAAGGUCAAAGUGAAAUUGUGUCUGGGACCACUAGGCGGUGACCUGAGCGCCGAGCUGCCCUUCAUCCUGAUGCACCCCAAGCCGGAGGAGGAGCCGCCGCGGCUGCUGCCGGAGCCCGCGCCGAACGUCGACCACGACCUCAUACAGCUGGACCCGCAGCCCGAUGAGAACGGGCAAGAGCAGGACGACGAUAUAAUUUUCGAGGACUUCGCACGUCUCCGGCUCAAAGGUGCCGACGCCGACAACUGAGCGCCACACACCACACACG